ACGUCCUGCGUCUCUGCCACGUCAUACAGGAGGACUCAUGCCAGGCGGAAACACCAUAGGGAAACACCCACGUUGUACAGUCUAAUGAUGAAGCCCAACCUCAUUCAUAACUAGUCAAACUUCCCAGUUGUCAUCAUACGAUACCUCUGUGUCGGGAUUAACUUUGACUAUCUCUUCUUGUGCGUCUUUCAACCGCUUGAGGAAUGCUGCUGGACGAGACUCCUCUUUUUGAGCCCUCCCUGCUUCAGGAGCUGGACUGGAGUAGUAACACUGUCUCCUUUUCUCCCCCGCUCUCCCCGUCCAGCCCAGGGGAAGGCCUGGUGCUCCGGCCACUCUGUAUGGCAGACUAUAACCGGGGGUUCUUUAAAGUUUUAUCUCAACUCACUCAGACAGGUGAAGUUACACCUGAGCAGUUCACAAAAAAGUUUGAGCAUAUGAAGGCGACGGGAGACUACUACGUAGUUGUUGUGGAGGAUAAAAUUCUGGGACAGAUUGUUGCCACCGCAACAUUGAUCACAGAACACAAAUUCAUCCACUCCUGUGCUAAGAGGGGCCGAGUGGAGGAGGUCGUAGUUAGCGACGUGUGCAGGGGGAAACAGCUGGGCAAACUGUUAGUCUCAACCCUCACUCUCCUCAGCGAAAAACUGAACUGUUAUAAAAUCACACUGGAAUGCGCACCCAGAAAUGUAGCCUUCUACCAAAAGUUUGCCUACACUGCUUCAGAUGAGACUUACAUGCAGUGUCGAUUCCACGAAUGAGGACAACGGCAGCUAUAAACCUCCAUUUUGGGGGAAUGGACCAUAUCUUUACACGCCCACUGAUAUCAGAACUUCAACAGUAAAUUCCUCUUAAGACUUAGGGAAGCUGCAUGAGGAUGAGUUUGUGGUUGUGACACAUACUGGAUGCUCAUCCUGAAUUCAGCAUACCUGAUUAAACACAAAUGUAUGUAGAAGCCUUCUGCCUAAUUCUACAUCAUAGUCCACCCCUUUGGUGACCAUGGCUACCUCAGCAGGGUGGAGCUCUGUCCUCAUCUUCCCCCCACCAUCUGAAGAAACGAAUGUCAGUUACUGUUAAUGUAAUGUCUUAUUGUGUUACAUAGUUAUAAUUAAUUUGCUGUAGUUUAAGUAUAAAUGAUAUCUGCAACUAUCAUAGAACUAACGAGUACAUAUUUUUGCUUUGGAAAUGAACGAUAGUAAAUGAUUUCUAAAGAAAUUAAUUAUGAAAUUAUUCACAACAGACCACAGUUUCAAAUUCAUGAAGAAAACCAAGAACCAAGACACUUUUUCUAAUAGAUCUCUGUUGCAUUUAUUACUAAAAGCAAAUCACCAAAGAAACACAGUCUUUCUCUUUACAUUUGAUUACUUUUAAAAGGGUUUUGGGUUUCACUUUCUUAUUUUCUAAGCCAAAGUGAUCUGGCUUUUAUUCUCUGAUGUUGGCACCGCACAAAAAUGAUUAGAUUUGAAUAGAGGACAUGAAGCAUGACUAUCAAGAAGACAUGUAAUGUUUGUAGUGAACAGAAAGCUUUAUUUGUGAGGCCGCAGUAAGGAAUUAACUUACAUUCUUGAAGUUUUGUAAUUGGUUAUUUGAAGGGAUUACAGCUGUGAGGAUUUGAAUGGGACUGGAAAUGGAUAGAAAUGAUUUUUCUACAUGAACACUUAUUUAAGUUUUAUAAUUAUUGUAAUAUUCUGGAGAAGAGGGGUACAUAUUUAAUGUAAUUUAUUUCCAAGUAUGUAAUAAAAAUAUAAAAUAUCC